AUGGCUGCCAGAACUUCUACAAAACUCCUCGACCUAUCUGAAGAUGUCCUUCGGAUGAUAUUUCUGCACAAUGUGAUCAGUUUGAAGGACUUAAAAUCCCUCCGCCUGGCCCACCCCGGAUUGCAUGGCGCCGUCGACCCUCUCCUCUUCAAAACUAUCAGCGUUCCCACCUCAAAACUCGGUGAAGUGUCAUUGUCUGACUACUCACCAUACAGUCCCGGAGAUCGCGGGGAUCCCAGCUAUCCAACGUUCAAAAUCUCUACAUUUCAGUUAUCAAGCAUUCUCGAACGUCGAGUACCCCGUGUUAUAUUCGACAAUGCGCAAAGCGUAAUCUUAAACAAGUAUGAUGUAUACGACGGCUACCCGGAUGAAAAUAAAAUAAAACAGAAUUUCCCACGGUACUCUGAAGAGGGGAUUAGGGGUCUGGAGUACUUUUUGUGUAGCAUGAAGAAGAUGCGUAAUCUAACAUGGAGUAUCGCUUAUUCUAACAUCACACAACUGAUAGAUCUCUCACCUAUCGCGGGAAAAGUAGAUUCUCUACAGUUAACUGGCGCUUAUUAUGGGAGCAUACCGCCGCCAAAGCAAUCGUACAAAGCAUUUAAAGACUUUAGCUUCUUGACUUGCCUCGCCAUUAGUUUUAAUGACGGCGCAGAUGUCAAAGACCUCAGCUAUCUACCAAACCUGAAAACCCUCAACUUUACAGUCGAAAAAGCCUCACAAGCUAGUACUGAGCAACGGAGAUUUGACUUUGUGGACUUCUUGGAAGCUCAAAGAGUUCCAUUUAGCCUCCAGAAGCUCUCCAUAACUGCGUGUUACGCUGCAAUACCUAUUCCCAAAGAUCUUGCUCAGAAGUUCCUUUCGAACUUGCGUACUCUGUACUUGCGGUAUCUUAAUCCCGACGCCAAAAAUUAUCCGAUAAUUGAUGCCCUGAAAGACAACAACAUUAAGAUCCAAAAUUUGAAUAUAGAUGGAUGCCACGAGAGUAUUCUCGAUUAUAUCGGAUCAUACACUGACGGGCUUCAAUCUCUCGAAGUUAAUGUUGAGUGCCUCAAGGACAACGAAGGCUUCGGCGGGGCCGGGGAAGACAGUUGGGCCUACAGCAUCAGCAGAAGGCGCUGGCAAGAAGAUAUCACGGAGAAAAAGAAAGAAACCUUCAAGUCCGAGAUCUGGAAAGUAUUGGCCGCUGCACACAAGAAUAGUCUUCAGCACCUAGUCCUGGCUAAUAACUUCGACUUUUAUACCGAGGAGGCGGAGGCCCUCUCUCAGUGCAAAGCGCUGAGGACUAUGGAUAUUAAAGGCGAUGAUUAUGUUUUACAACGUAUUAUCCCCGUGGUACCAAAACUACCGUUGUUGGAAGUAUUGAAGUUCGAAAUGCCCUGGACACCUCGGAUGCCCGAUAUGACCGGUUGGUGUGGGACAUCACAGUAUGACUGGCAUAUGAAACCGAAGGAUAUUGAAAGUAGAGUCAAGGAUAUGUAUUGGAUGGAGGAAAGUAUAGAUGCCGACGGGCCGGGGGUGGAAAAUGUUUCCUUCAGAGUAAUUGGGAUAUCCUCAGAUUUAAAACUUGUCAAACGACGGCAUGUCUUCUAUCCUUGGAUCUUAGUUGGGGACGGGGAAAUGGGAAUUGAAGGAAGGGAAGACCAAGCGAUUGAGAGCGACGAAGAAGAGGAAUUAGAGCCAGGGGAAUUUAAAGAGUCAGAUGAAGAGUAA